AUGCCUAGUUUCUCAAUUUUCUUUUUUAUUGCAUUUGGCGUAUGGCAAGUUGUUGCCGACAAUUGCAUCGAUGAGUUAUGUGACUUGAAAGGCGCGAUUCCUUUCUCAUCUCCCGGCUAUCCAGGGCCUUACAAUGCCAGCGAUGCCUCUCUAAAAUUGCUACAAGUUAGCAUGGACAUCGACUCAAAUUACGUGAUGGGAGUUCGAUUUUUUCGACUCGAUUUAGCUCCAAAUGAUUGCAUUCAUCUCUGUGAAUAUGAUGACUUUCAAACGUGCAGCAAAACCGGCAAGUUCGACUUUUUGUGCUCGAGCAUGGAUGACGGGAGAUUCACUUACUAUUAUACAAGAUCAAACGAAUUGUACAUGUUCUUGGCUCGCUAUCAAAACUCGAAACCCAGUGACAACGGCACCUUUCCGGGUGUUUUUGGAGAAGUCGUACGAUUGGAUGCGAAAUCAUUGCUUUGGAAUGAUGCAUGCGAAGAGUCGGCGAGCUUGAACGACAGCUCGUACGCUUUAAUUUCUGAUCAUUUCAAUGUUGAUACUUUUACCUACACCAAUGCAUCAUUUGACGUGAACUGCCAAACGAAAUUCUCCACAAAACACUCAAUGAUUCGAGUCGUCGUCUACACGUUUCGUUCAUUUCUCAACGAGCCGAUCGAGCUGACUGGAAUCGAAGCAAAUUCCACCUCUCCGAUCACAAUCUCUAUCAAUGGAUCAGCAGUGCGUCGACAUGGCCUGCCUCGGACGUAUUAUUUCAAAAAAGACCUCACUUUGACUUACAAAUUCACCGCCCGAAGCUACUACUAUUACAUUGUGUUGACCGGAUAUGAUGAUGCCGCAAUCUACGACAGUUGCCUCAACAAUGGUGUCAUCGACAUGAGCAAACAAUCAUCAAUUCCCUUCUCAGCCAUUCCCCUUUCAAUGCAAGCCUAUAAUCCGAACUCAAACUGUCACUGGAAUUUCACGAAUCUUCCUCCUAAUCACCAAUGGCAAUUGUAUGUGGAAGCUUUCAAAACGGAAACUUGUUGUGACGUGCUGGGAAUCGAUUCCCCACUUGAUCCAACCUUUCAACGGCAACAGUUGAGCGGUGACUACACAUAUUAUUUGUAUUCUGGGGCGAAAGACUUUCAAAUGAGUUUUCAAAGUGACGGCAUCGAAUCCUACAAUCGGAUGAGUGGCGUUGUCGGGAUUAUCAACUCUUUACUAGCAACAAUCAAUGUGAACCUUUGCAAGGAUACGUUCUUCGACGCCCACUCGAUGAUGUUGAGCGACAAGUUCACAGCUGUUGUUUAUCGAUUUUCGAAUGCUGAUUGCUCAUCAAACAAAAUCUUGGGCUAUUUCUUUGCUCGAAUAGCUAAAGAACCGUUGGUCACUGUCUAUGAGGGAGAGCUCGACACGGGCACUUAUGUACCCAUCAACAAUCAAGAGUAUCAGUGGGACACUCUGGCCUUCAAGUCAAACGUGGUGACGGUGCGAAUUGUGAGAACUGAUGCAGCCUAUUCGCCGGUUAAUAUGCUCUUCACAACUGACAGCAACCUUUGGGUGUACCAGGGCUACUACCGAUGCUUUAUGGGCGCCAAUAUCAACAUUGAUUAUGGAAAUCAUCCGGCUGGCACGACAAUCGUCGCCUACAGAGGAGCCGUCGAGCCACAAGAUUACCCAAAACUCUUUGGCAGUGCAUUGCUUGCGUUGACGCUGUUGAACGACACAUUGCCUCACAUUGAGCUCUUCCAAGGCGCCUCUUUAAAAGCCGAGGAUCGUAUUUAUGGCGGUCCUUCCACUUGUGACAACAAUCAGACAGCAAACGUUGCGUUUCCUCAACGCGUUUUUGGCACCUAUAUGACAAUCAAAGUCGGAUCUGGAGUGCCUCGAGAUGCCGUGUUGAGAUACUACUGUAAUUCGGCAUAUCAGCUUUAUUUCGAUGUUGCAAAUGACCUGCCGGCUGUUGUCAAUGUGCCAAAGUAUGACAACGGCGGUGUGAAAACGAUUUCGUGGGGAUUCUCAAAUCGUCGAUCGAUCCCCUCCGAUCAACGACUCCAGAUUAGCCUCUUGAAUAAGCUGCCGGCAAAGAGCCAAUUGACGAUCAACUACACAAGAAGUGGAGGAUCAGAUGUCUAUUCAUCACCUAUUUGUCACAUUUUUUACGAUCCAAAUUAUUGGGCGUCAAACAAUGACAUGAUUUUGACAUAUCAAUGGUCGUGCGAAUCGCUGAUCGACGACAAUGAGAGCUGUGGAUCGCCGUUGGCUCUUGAG